GCCGCAUCCCCCCGCCCCCCCUCGUCUCGGAAAACCCUAGCCGUCACAAGACUGCCCACCCGAGCACCAGCCGAGGGAAGGAGGAAGAGGCGGAGGAGAUGGCGCGGGGCGUGGCUGCGGCGGCGGCGAAGGGCGGCGGCAAGAAGAAGGGGUCGGUCACGUUCACGAUCGACUGCACCAAGCCCGUGGAGGACAAGAUCAUGGAGAUCGCCUCGCUCGAGAAGUUCCUGCAGGAGCGCAUCAAGGUCGCCGGCGGCAAGGCUGGGAACCUCGGCGACUCCGUCACCGUCUCCCGCGAGAAGACCAAGGUCACCGUCACCUCCGACGGGCCCUUCUCGAAGAGGUACCUGAAGUACUUGACCAAGAAGUACUUGAAGAAGCACAAUGUGCGGGAUUGGCUACGUGUGAUUGCAGCUAACAAGGACCGCACCGUCUAUGAGCUCCGGUACUUCAACAUUGCCGAGAAUGAGGGCGAGGAGGAAGAUUAGAGUGCGUUCCACUUUUAUCUUAGCUUUGAACUUGUUGGAUUUUGACACUUGAUCUGAGUGCCCCAAGUUAUUUGCACCUAUCUUCUCAUGUUAUGCUGUGGUGAAUUAUGGAUUGUUAGUUUGAAGAAUCCUUACAUUUGAUCGCCUCAACUCCUGAGUUAUGUUGUGAACCUGGAAAUGUACUAUGGAAAGAUUUGUAGCACUUGUCCUCAUUUUA